AUGAUAGCGAGAUUCAACCAGAAAAUGGAAGAGAAUCCGCGCAUGAGGUUGUUUGCAUUGAGGCAGAAAGGUUCAGUAGCUGAUUACGUGAAUGAGUUUGAAGAACUCACGACGAUUGUUACAGGAGUUGAGGAAGAGAAUUUGGAGAAUGUCUUUUACCUGGGAUUGAAGCCAGAGAUGCAUGAAGUAGUGAAAAUGCAGAAACCUCGAGGAUUAUCAGCACUAUUCAGUACUGUGAUAUCAAUGGAGGAUAGUAUUUUCUGCAAAUCAAUGGCAGAAGCAGCAAAUCCUUUCAGAAGAAGCGGGUUCCUUUGCGUUCUGCUUCCCAAUAUAAUACACAAAGGAAUUGGAGCACAAGUUCGAGUUCAGAGAGCCCUAAACCAUCAACACAGACCAGUGUACAAGCUGAACCGAGCAAAAGCCAGAGCCAGAACGCAAAGCCACCGUGGAAAACAAAUGGAGGAAGAAAUUACAGUGGGGUGCUGA